AUGCUUGUCGGACGGCUGACGGAGUGGUUCACGGAAGCGCUGCGGGAGGCACGGCUGCGGCCACGGCCACCAAGCAGCCGCGCCUCCUCGGCAAGGUACGCCUGGUGCACCAACUCCUUGUGGAGGUACUGCAUGGAGUGUAGGCGGUGGUGCAUCAGUUUCAUUACGUUACGCAGGAAGUACUGGUGCUCUGUGCGGUUCCUGCUCGACCGCACUGUCGUUGUGGCCUGGCUGUGCGGCGAGUACGGUAAUGGGGUGAUAGAGCCGUAUGGGUGGCUUGUCGCGUGCGUCGGCUGCGUAGCUUCUACCAUCCGUGCAGCGUUUGGAGACGCAUGCAGAAAAGACGACGACGACGGUGGUGCUUGCGGCUGGACGGCGCUGGUCGUUUCACGUGGGCUCGUGUGGCUAUGA